AAAAAAAUUGGAAAAUACUACUAGAAGGAUAUUUUAGAAAGAAGACAAAUAAAUCGAAAUAAUACUAACCGCUCAUUCGUCACCUGAAAAAAAAACCCCUUCCCCUUCAUUUUUAACACCUCCUUUUCUCUUACAACACUUCUGUACUUACAUUCUUCACAACUCACUCUCUCCUCUCUCUCUCACUGCCAAUGGAGUCACGUGUAUUGACUAGUGGCGCCACCGUGAACAAAGCCAUUUGUGGUGGCCUCCCACUUCUUCGUAAGCCUGCGGCAGUGAACUACUUUAUUACUGCUGGGGGCGCUAGCAGCAACAACAGAAGAACACUUUCUCCUGCUGCUGCUACAGCUAAACCAGUCGGACCACUUAUUGCCAGUCCCAACUUAAUCUGGGGACGGCAAUUACGUCCGGCUAUACUUCUAGAAUCUUCUCCAAAGAGGGAAUCUAUUAAGCCGUGUUACACCGCAGCUUCGUCGCCUGCUGAAGGCAGUGAUUCCGGGGAUGCUAAAGUCGGGUUUUUCAACAAAGCGACCUUGACUACCGGUUUUUUCUUCUUCAUGUGGUAUUUUCUGAAUGUGAUAUUCAACAUCCUCAACAAGAAGAUCUACAAUUACUUCCCUUAUCCUUAUUUUGUUUCUGUUAUACAUUUGGCUGUUGGAGUGGUAUAUUGUUUGCUUAGCUGGAUUGUAGGCCUCCCAAAAAGAGCUCCAAUUGAUUCAACACAACUGAAGCUGCUCACCCCUGUUGCCUUCUGUCACGCGCUUGGCCAUGUUACCAGCAAUGUCUCGUUUGCUGCAGUUGCUGUCUCAUUCACUCACACAAUCAAAGCUCUGGAGCCUUUCUUCAAUGCUGCUGCAUCUCAGUUCAUACUUGGGCAACAGAUACCUUUAGCACUAUGGCUGUCACUUGCUCCUGUUGUCAUUGGUGUGUCGAUGGCUUCAUUGACUGAGCUGUCUUUCAAUUGGUUGGGGUUCACUAGUGCUAUGAUUUCUAACAUCUCCUUCACAUACAGGAGUAUAUACUCGAAGAAAGCUAUGACUGAUAUGGAUAGUACUAACGUGUAUGCCUACAUAUCCAUCAUUGCCCUUAUCUUUUGUCUCCCGCCUGCCAUUCUGCUUGAGGGACCUCAAUUGCUCCAACAUGGUUUCAACGAUGCCAUUGCUAAAGUUGGUCUAACAAAAUUCGUAACUGAUCUCUUUUGGGUCGGAAUGUUUUAUCACCUCUACAAUCAGGUAGCCACAAACACCCUUGAGAGGGUGGCACCUCUAACACAUGCGGUUGGAAAUGUGUUGAAACGAGUGUUUGUGAUUGGAUUCUCAAUUGUUGUCUUUGGCAAUAAAAUUUCAACACAGACCGGUAUUGGAACCUGCAUUGCAAUUGCUGGAGUUGCAAUCUACUCUUUCAUUAAGGCCAAGAUGGAGGAAGAGAAAAGGCAAAAGAAAGCAGCCUGAAAAUGAAAGGGAAGAAGGUUGUAAUGGACUCUCUGUUCGAUUUCACUAUUUUCUCCUGUCCAAAAUAAAGAUUGGAAAAGGAAACCUCUACUUUUCUUGGAGUUCUGUAGUUUAGUUUGGAGUCAAAUUAUUUUGAUUCAAAGGUCAAUUGCCGGCUAAUUCUAUAUACUUGUGAUUAUUGUAAUAAUAAUGUACCACUUCUGUAUUUCAUUUCAUGUUAAUACACCAUUUUCUCUUGAACAAGCCUA